GAGCGUCCCGCGGUGGGCGCAGGGGAGGCCCGGCUCCUGCGUUCUCCUGCGGGUGGUGCGCGGUUCGCGGCGGGCCAACGGCGGCCAGCCGAGGCCGAGACGCCUCCGGGGUGGCCUUAGCGUCCGGCUGCGCCGCGACACCCCCGCCGAUCGGGUUCCUUGGAGACACUUCGACUUGUUCGAGACCUGAUGGCCAAAAGAAAGGAAGAAAAUUUCUUCUCUCCUGAAAAUGCCAAAAGACCAAGACAAGAAGAGUUGGAGGAUUUUGAUAAAGAUGGUGACGAAGAUGAAUGUACAGCUUCUUUCACUAAUUGUACCUCUACUUUGACUGCAGCAGAAGUUGGAAUAAUUGAGAGUAUUCAGCUAAGAAAUUUCAUGUGUCAUUCGAUGCUUGGACCCUUUAAAUUUGGUUCUAAUGUCAACUUUGUUGUUGGCAACAAUGGAAGUGGAAAGAGUGCAGUACUCACAGCUCUCAUAGUUGGCCUUGGUGGAAAAGCAGUCGCUACUAAUAGAGGAUCUUCUUUAAAAGGUUUUGUGAAAGAUGGACAGAACUCAGCAGAUAUCUCAAUAACGUUAAGGAACAGAGGAGAUGAUGCCUAUAAAGCAAAUGUGUACGGUAACUCUAUAAUUGUGCAACAACACAUCAGCAUGGAUGGAAGUCGAUCUUAUAAACUAAAAAGUGAAGCAGGCACUGUGGUUUCCACUAGGAAAGAAGAGCUGAUUGCAAUUCUUGAUCAUUUUAACAUACAGGUGGAUAAUCCGGUUUCUGUUUUAACCCAAGAGAUGAGCAAGCAGUUCUUACAGUCUAAAAAUGAGGGAGACAAAUACAAAUUCUUCAUGAAAGCAACCCAACUUGAACAGAUGAAGGAAGAUUAUUCAUACAUUAUGGAAACAAAAGAAAGAACAAAGGAGCAGAUAAAUCAAGGAGAAGAGCGACUUACUGAGCUAAAGCGCCAGUGUUUGGAGAAAGAAGAACGUUUUCAAAGUAUUGCUGGUCUAAGUACAAUGAAGACUAAUUUAGAAUACUUGAAACAUGAAAUGGCUUGGGCAGUGGUCAAUGAAAUUGAAAAACAGUUGAAUGCCAUCAGAGAUAAUAUCAGAAUUGGAGAAGAUCGUGCUGCUAGACUUGACAGGAAAAUGGAAGAACAGCAGGUCAGACUUAAUGAAGCAGAAAAAAAAUAUAAGGAUAUUCAGGAUAAACUAGAAAAGAUUAGUCAAGAGACAAAUGCGCGAGCACCAGAAUGUCUGGCAUUGAAAGCAGAUGUUACUGCUAGGAAAAGGGCCUAUAAUGAAGCUGAGGUUUUAUAUAACCGCUCCCUAAAUGAGCAUAGAGCAUUAAGGAAAGAUGAUGAGCAGCUUUGCAAAAGAAUUGAAGAAUUGAAAAAAAGUACUGAUCAAUCUUUGGAACCUGAGCGAUUGGAAAGGCAAAAAAAAAUAUCUUGGUUAAAAGAAAGAGUAAAGGCCUUACAGGAUCAAGAAUGUUCUGUCAGUCAAGACAUGGAACAGUUUCAGCAAGCCAUAGAAAAGGACAAAGAAGAACAUACCAGAAUUAAGAGAGAAGAGUUAGAUGUGAAGCAGACACUGAACUAUAAUCAGAGGCAACUGAAGGAAUUGAAAGAUAGUAAAACUGAUCGACUGAAAAGAUUUGGUCCUAACGUUCCAGCUCUUCUUGAAGCAAUAGAUGAUGCUUAUAGACGUGGGCAUUUUACCUGUAAACCUGUGGGUCCUUUAGGAGCUUGCAUUCAUCUUCGGGACCCUGAGCUUGCUUUGGCUAUUGAAUCUUGCCUAAAAGGACUUCUGCAAGCCUACUGUUGCCAUAAUCAUGCUGAUGAAAGAGUACUUCAGGCGCUGAUGAAAAAGUUUUAUUUACCAGGGACCUCACGACCACAGAUAAUAGUGUCUGAAUUUCGGAAUGAGAUGUAUGAUGUAAGACACAAAGCUGCUUAUCAUCCAGAGUUUCCAACGGUUCUGAAAGCUUUAGAAAUAGAUAAUGCAGUUGUUGCGAACAGCCUAAUUGACAUGAGAGGCAUAGAGACCGUGCUACUAAUCAAAAAUAAUUCUGUAGCUCGUGCAGUAAUGCAGUCCCAAAAGCCACCCAAGAACUGCAGGGAAGCUUUUACUGCUGAUGGGGAUCAAGUCUUUACAAAACGUUAUUAUUCAUCUGAAAAUACAAGACCUAAGUUUCUAAGCAGAGACGUAGAUUCUGAAAUAAGUGACUUGGAGAAAGAGGUUGAAAAUAAGAAGGCUCAGAUAUCAAAUCUUCAGCAGCAUUUGUCUGCCCUUGAAAAGGAUAUUGAAUGCAAUGAAGGAUGUCUUAGAAGGUGCCAAGCGCAUUAUAAAGAGUUAAAGGUGAAAAUAAGAAAAAGUUUUUCUGAAAUUCGGGAACUUGAGAAUAUAGAAGAACACCAGUCUGUGGAUAUUGCAACUUUGGAGGAGGAAGCUCAAGAAAAUAAAAUCAAAAUGAAAAUGGUUGAGAAAAAUAUGGAACAACAUAAAGAAAAUAUGGAAUAUCUUAAAAGGCUGAAAGUAGAAGCAGAAAACAAGUAUGAUGCAAUUAAACUGAAAAUUAAUCAGCUAUCAGAGCUAGCAGAUCCACUUAAGGAUGAAUUAAACCUGGCUGAUUCUGAAGUGGAUAACCAAAAACGAGGGAAGCGGCAUUAUGAAGAGAAACAAAAAGAACACUUGGAUACUUUAAAUAAAAAGAGACGAGAACUGGAUAUGAAGGAAAAAGAACUAGAGGAGAAAAUGUCACAAGCAAGACAAAUCUGCCCAGAGCGGAUAGAAGUAAAAAAAUCUGCAUCAAUUCUAGACAAAGAAAUUAAUAGGUUAAGACAAAAGAUACAGGCAGAACAUGCUAGUCACGGAGAUCGAGAGGAAAUAAUGAGGCAGUACCAAGAAGCAAGAGAAACUUAUCUUGAUCUGGAUAGUAAAGUAAGGACUUUAAAGAGGUUUAUUAAAUUACUGGAAGAAAUAAUGACCCAUAGAUACAAAACGUACCAACAAUUUAGAAGAUGUUUGACUUUACGAUGCAAAUUGUACUUUGACAACUUACUAUCUCAGCGGGCCUAUUGUGGAAAAAUGAAUUUUGACCACAAGAAUGAAACUCUUAGUAUAUCAGUUCAGCCUGGAGAGGGAAACAAAGCUGCCUUUAAUGACAUGAGAGCCUUAUCUGGAGGUGAACGCUCUUUUUCCACAGUUUGCUUCAUUCUUUCUCUGUGGUCCAUUGCUGAAUCUCCUUUCAGAUGCCUGGAUGAGUUUGAUGUCUACAUGGACAUGGUUAACCGGAGAAUUGCAAUGGACAUGAUACUCAAGAUGGCGGAUUCCCAGCGUUUCAGACAAUUUAUCUUGCUUACCCCUCAAAGCAUGAGCUCACUUCCAUCAAGUAAACUGAUUAGAAUUCUUCGAAUGUCUGAUCCUGAAAGAGGACAGAGUACAUUGCCUUUCCGACCUGUGUCUCAGCAGGAAGAAGAAGACUGAAGUUGAUUUGUAACUUAACAUGCCGAGUGUCCUCAUGUUGAAAGAUUUGUAAAGGAAAAAAAUUCAGGACUAUUUGAUGAAAUAAAAAGAAACUCAAGAUAUUCUAAAAUAAAAGAAACUCCUUUAUAUAUCUGACCAUAAUAAGAUAUGUAAAUAAGCCUAGAAAACCAACUACAACCAGCAAUUUAAAAUUACUAUUACUUUACUUUGAGAAAAUCAAUUUCAUAGUACUGG